AUGACUGCACCAGACUUCAACCUCGCCAUCGUCGGCGGCGGCAUCGGCGGCCUCUGCCUCGCCGUAUCCAUCACAAAGUACACCUCCAUUCCCGUAACGGUGUACGAGAACGCACCAAAGUUUGGCGAGAUUGGCGCAGGCGUCGCGUUUGGACCCAAUGUCAUCAAGGCCAUGAAUAACAUCUCAGAGCCUCUUGCGGCUGCCGUGGGUGCUCGUGCGAAUGGAAACACGUUCCCGGAGAAGAAGGGCACGUGGUUUGAUUUUCGAGUUGGCAUGGACGGUGUCGACGAGGCUGCGAGGGCAAGAGGUGUCGUCGCCGGGGCGUUUCUUGGCGCCGUCAACCACCCUGAGCCUGGGAGCUGGAUGGUGAAUCGCACGUAUCUCAUUGACGAGCUGGUCAAGCAUCUUCCAUCGGACAUUGCUCGCUUUGGCAAGAAUCUUGUCGACAUCCAGGAUCUUGGCGCUGAAGGCGUGGUGUUGUCAUUCGAGGAUGGAUCAACGGCACGCCAUAGCGCAGUUAUUGGCUGCGACGGCAUUAAGAGCUGUACACGACGUGUUAUGCUAGGCGAAGGCAACCCCGCCGCCAACCCCGUAUACACUGGCAAAUACUGCUAUCGUGGUUUGGUCCCCAUGGACAAGGCGGUCGAGCUGCUCGGCGAGGAAAAGGCCAUGAACUGCCAGGCCUACCUCGGCUACCACGGCCACAUGCUCACAUUCCCUGUGGCUGGAGGCCGGAUGAUGAACGUGGUGGCAUUCCAGUCAGCCAAUGACUGGCCGCACGAGAGGAUGGUCAUCCCAGCCACGAAGGAGCAGAUGGUCGACAGCUUCAAGGACUGGGGCUCCGAUGUGCGCCACAUCGUCCAGCUGAUGGGCCAGUCCGACAUCUGGGCCCUCUUCGACUCCCCGCCGACAGACGCCUUCCACAAGGGAAAUCUGUGCCUGCUGGGAGAUUCGGCGCACGGCUCAACGCCUUUCCAGGGAGCUGGCGCCGGCAUGGCCGUGGAGGAUGCAUACGUGCUUGGGCGACUUCUGCAGCAUGCUAAGAAGGCAACUGAUCUGCCUUCUGUCUUUGAAGCGUUUAGCAGGGCUCGGAUCGAGCGCACGAAUAAGCUUGUCAAGACGAGCAGGGAGGCGGGACAUGUUUGGCACUUUGAGACGGAGGGAGAUGAUAUUGAUAAGAUUCGAGAGAACUUGAAGGAUAGGAUGAGGUGGAUUUGGGAGAACGACAUUGAGAAGGACAUGAAGGAGGCUGAGGCAUGGUUGAAGGGCAGGAAGUGA